AUAUAAGGGAGCAGGGAAUGCUAACUUCACUGAAACAGUCAUAAUGAAGUUAGUGAUUUUGGCUUUGUUUGUUGCUGGUGCCUAUGGAUGUGGGCUACCUACCUUCCCCCCUAUUGUCACCAGGGUGGUUGGAGGAGAGGAUGUCCGUGAGAAAAGCUGGCCUUGGCAGGCAUCUCUCCAGUACAAAUCUGGUAGCAACUUCUACCAUACCUGUGGCGCCACUUUGAUUUCCAGCCAGUGGGUCAUGACUGCUGCUCACUGCAUUAGCAGCCGCAACACCUACAGGGUUUACCUGGGCAAACACAACCUGAAUAACAACAAUGAACCGGGCUCCAUUGCUCUUACUCCUGCCAAGAUCAUCGUCCAUGAGAGCUGGGAUUCCUACAGAAUUCGUAACGACAUUGCCCUGAUCAAGCUUCAGAGUCCUGUCACCUUCUCUGACUCCAUUAUGGCUGCCUGUUUACCAGAUUCCAACAUUGUCCUGCCUCACAAUUCUCCCUGCUAUGUCACUGGCUGGGGACGCCUAUGGACUGGAGGCCCCCUUGCUGAUGUCCUGCAGCAGGCCCUCCUGCCCGUGGUCAGCCAUGCUAACUGCUCCAAGCCCGACUGGUGGGGUAGCCUUGUGACCAGCAGCAUGGUCUGCGCUGGUGGGGAUGGAAAUCUGGCUAGCUGCAAUGGAGAUUCUGGUGGACCUCUGAACUGCCAGAACUCUGAUGGCUCCUGGGACGUUCACGGUGUGGUGAGCUUUGGUUCCAGCAUGGGCUGCAACUACCCCAAGAAGCCAUCCGUCUUUACCCGUGUCAGUGCCUACAUUUCCUGGAUCAACAAUGUGAUGACCAGCAACUAAAGGGUGGAUCUUGUUGAGUUUGAUGGCUCACCUUGCAAAACCUCUGGGUCCUGCAAGCAUUCAUUUAUACUCACCUUACACAGAUAGGCCUAUAUUUUGGGCAAAUAGUCUGUCUGUAUAGUUUAUUCAUAUAUAUACAGAUGGCCAAAACAGUAGUUAACAAUGUUGAUGCACUAACCAUUCUUUACAAUAAAUCGGAAGCCUAGUUGAAA